AUGUGGAUUGUGACCGCGAUAUCUGUAUCGGUAACUGUUGGACAUCAACCUAUUAACAGUCAGGCCCUCAUUUACAGUCAAGUGAGCGACAAAAAACCAAGGCGUCCUGGACUAAUCACGGUCGGUGAAGAUUUGUCUCAACCUCAGUCUGAGUGCAGUGUUGAGACACAAGUCUUAGCCAGCUCCAGCUGUAAACUUGAAGGAGCCGAUGCCGAUCCAGUCCAGAAUCAAGGAGCUAAAUUAGGUACAAGUAACAAUUAUUACGAUAGUGUUGCUUCGACAUCUGGCAAAAAAAGGACUAAAAAAGAAAUCUUGGCUAAUGCAAAGCGAGCCCGGCUUAACAUCAGCUCUGCCUGA